AAAAAAUAAAAAAUAAAAAUUAUAACAAAGGGGAAGGGAAUAGAAUUAAAUCCCCCAAUGGUGGAAUAUCCCAUCGUUUGUCCCCAGUUAUCGCAAAAAACCAUGAUUUUGUUCAUGAUACAAAUCUUUAGGAGGAAUUAGCCAAAAACCCAUCUCAGAGUUGACUCUAAGAUUGUUUCCUAGCUUUUUUGAGCUUCUGGGUGUGAUUUCUUGGGAGAAAAGAUUCAGUCUUUGAGCUCCUUGGGGUCAAAAUUAGAUCUGUGUGUUUUUGAGGGUCAUAUUGCUGUUAGCAGGUGUUGGUUUGCUCAAUCGCUGGAACUUUUUCCUGUACGGAUCGUGCGUGACGUUCGUGAUAUGGGUUUAGAUCUGGUGAUGUGCAAGCGGCGGGGAAUCUGCUUUGUUUUGGAUACCCGAUCUUGAUUUGACCCGUUUCAUCGGUUCUGACUUCUGAGGAUCACUCCAUUGGGAUACUUUUCGGACUCCCUUUUUAACGUCGUCAAGGAAAGCUUUUUGUUCUUGGCUUAUGUCGGUUUUCAUGGAUUUAGACGAUUUCCGAUCGGUUCUUGAAACAGCUGGGGUCGACGUGUGGACCUUCAUCGACACGGCAAUCGUUGUGGCGUCCAUGGAUUAUGGGCAGGAGUUGAAGCAACGGAGAGAUGGAAUUGUGCAGAGGCUUUAUGCCACGUCCAUGGCUACGCGGUGUAGGAACUGCGAUUUUGAUGAGAGACCCAACGGACAUGAAGUUAAAGCCGAGUUUAAGAGAGAAAGUAGCCAUGAGGGAGGUAAGGAAGGCGGCAGCGGCGGAGGACGGUCGCCAUCCACGCCGCAUUCGGUUGAUGGGAAUGAUGAUGAAUUCGAUCCAUACGGAGGCUUGUUUGAUGAUGAACAAAAGAGGAUCCUCGAGAUUAAGGAGUGUCUUGAAGAUUCUGAUCAGUCUGAAGAUUCUCUGGUUCAUUUGCUUCAAAAUUUGGCUGAUAUGGACAUAACAUUCAAAGCUUUGAAGGAGACUGAUAUUGGGAGACAUGUCAACAAAUUGAGGAAGCAUUCGUCAAAUGAAGUUAGGAGAUUAGUGAAGCAGCUUGUCAGGAAAUGGAAAGAGAUUGUGGAUGAAUGGGUGAGGCUGAAUCAACCAGGAGAGCUUGUGUCGUCUGCACUUAUGGCUGAUGGAGACUCACCACAGCAAAAGUUUCCCCAAAAUGGUCAUCACCAGGUUCCUGAUUUUGCAUACUCUCCAAAUCCACACAAUGGGAGUUCUGGCUCGGACAAGAAUCAUUCAGAACCUGAAAGGAAACAGAAACUAAUCCCUCCUCGAAAAGAAGCUCCACCUAAACCUGCUCGCACAACUCCUCCUGUUCCACAAAAUGUGCAGAGACAAAGAGAACAAAAGGACGGCAGUUUUGACUUGGAAAAGCUAGCUUCAGCAAGAAAGAGGCUACAAGAAAAUUACAAGGAAGCUGAAAAUGCCAAAAAGCAAAGAACGAUACAAGUGAUGGAUAUUCACGAGCUACCAAAAGCCAAGGCCAAAAAUGCCUUCUUUCCAAAGAACAAAGCUGGUGGUUCUCAAGGGAGGCACUGGUGAUUGGUGAAUGAGAAUUUGGGAAUAGACCAUCACCAAUCACUCUUUCAAAACAAAUGGCUUUAUGGGGCUUAACCCCUUUUAUAAUUAUUACUUUUGUUUUUAUUCAAGGGAAAUACUUUUUCUCCAAUUUUUUCUUUGGGUAAUAACUAAAAAUCUGCUCAUUUUGGAAUAAUAGUCUUCAACUUUCUUCUUUUAUCAGCACUCAGUAGGUCACAAGUUUUUGGAUGCAAAUAGUCUUUUCCUUUCUUUGGAAGAGACAAUGGGAGGGAAUGGGCUUUGCAAAGUUACUCAUGAUAUCGUUACUCUCUCUGAAAAAAAAAAAAAAAUUAGUCACCAAGUUCCUAUAGAAAUGAAAGCUAUUCUUUUUUCUGGCCAUUUAACAAAGGAAAUAGAUGGCAAAAUCCAGCCAACCUCUCAACCAGAGGUGGAGUUAUGGGUAGGUAGUUUUGUUUUUGUGAACCUUUUUAAUUGAACAUAUUUGACCCGUGACUUGCUUGGAUACUCACGUCCUUGGACCACGGGUGAGUGUAGGGUAUGAAUAUGUCUGAUAUUUAUGGGUAUUGGAUUUGUCUGAUAUUUAUGCGUAUUGGAUUUGUCUGAAUAGGUAUUUUACUUGUAUUUUAACUUUGAAAAGAAACGGUUAAAUAUUAGGUAUGAAAACGCAUACCUGCCAGUCCCAGUUAGUGCUAGGUAUUAGGAUCCAUAUUUGUAUCCGUGAAUUAUAUAACAAUUCAAAUUUCCAUAUUUAUAUGGACUUGUGUUUGUAUAAACUAAUAUCUUUUAU